AUGAACAGCACCACACUCUGGAAUCGUUUAAGAAGCUCUGUGAAUCUGGCAUAUUACACAAGGCAAAUCAACAAUAUCAAACCUCACAUCCCGGGCACAGCCAGCACAAAAGGAAGCAUCCGAUUUCUAUCUUCAGCUCAGUCCAGCAAUGAUGCCCCAGUUACUUUCCAGCCUGCAAAUCGACUCUCUGGUCGAACAUGUAUGAUAACAGGUGGAACAUCAGGUAUUGGCUUUGCCAUUGCAGAGAGAUUUCUUCAAGAAGGAGCAUCCUCAAUCAUUCUCGUCGGCAGGUCCCGGGAGCGUCUAGAAGCAGCAGCCACGAAUCUCCGCUCCUCAGAUAAAGUGCAACUACUCGUUGGAGAUGUCGCAGAAGCCGGUACAUGGAUGCGUGAACUUGAAAAGCAAAUGACUAAUGUGGAUAUCCUUGUCAACGCCGCAGGAAUCUCUGUCACAAAUAUCCUCCCGCGGUCAGAGCUAGAGGAUAUCUCGAAGAUACUGCGCACAAAUCUUGAAGGUGCCAUACUGACCUCGCGAGCAUUGAUGCGUGCCGCAAUCCGCAGCCGUGUGCGCAACCGGAAUGCAGCAGAAGGAGAGAAGAAGCCUUCUUCGAGGUGUAUUAUCAACAUCUCGUCGCUGCUGGCCCUUAAGUCAGGAACGGGCGCUGUGCCAUAUGCUGCAUCAAAGGCUGGUCUUCUGGGAUUGACCCGGUCGCUAGCGGUUGAGGCAUCGGCCUCAUUGAAGGAUGUUGUUAUUCGAUCCAAUGCCAUUCUUCCGGGGUAUAUCGAGACCCCUAUGAUCGCAGAUUUCACUUCCGGGGAAGUGGGUAGGCUAAACGAUAGCAUUCCCCUUCAUCGAUUCGGCAAACCGAGUGAAGUGGCCGAUGCGGCUGUCUUCCUAGCGCAAAACGAAUAUGCCAAUAACUGUGUGCUCAACCUCGAUGGCGGAUUGAGUGCAGUCUAA